AGAGGAAGAAGAAGAAGAAGAAGAACAACAACAACAACAAGUGAAAUCUGUGUGACACUGUUGUAAAGAUGUUUAUUAAAGAGGAGAGUGAAGAUAUGGCUUAUCCAGAAGCAUGCAGAAUUAAAACCGAACACAUCUGACGAACAAACAGAAAUCGAGAUUCAUCAGACCAGGCUAUGUUUUUCCAGUCUUUAACUGUCCAGCUUUGGUGAGCCUGUGCCUACUGCAGCCUCAGCUUUCUGUUCUUUCUAUUCUUGGCUGACAGAUGUGGAACCCGACGUGGUCUUCUGGUGUUGUAGCCCCUUCGCCUCAAGACUUGGAAAUGAAAGAAGAAAAUAAAGAACCGAUUGAAGUGAAAGAAGAAAGUCAAGAACUGAAUGAAGUGGAGGAGGAAGAUCUGUAUCAGAAUCCUGAUCAUUUCAUAACUGGAGAAAAAUCUUUCAGUUGCUCACAGACUGAGAAGAAUUCCUCACAAAACAAAAGUCAAGCCAUAAAUUCCUUCACAUGCCUUCAGUGUGGAAAGAGCUUCACACAGAAUGGAAGUCUUAAAAGACACAUGAGAAUUCACACUGGAGAGAAACCUUUCACAUGUCUUCAGUGUGGUAAUAGUUUCACAUGUAAAGGAUCCCUUAAUGUACACACGAGAAUUCACACCGGAGAGAAACCUUUCACCUGCCCUCAGUGUGGAAAGAGUUUCACACUGAAAGGAAAACUUAACAAGCACAUGAAAAUUCACACUGGAGAGAAACCUUACACAUGCAUUCAGUGUGGAAAAAGUUACAUAGACAAAUUAGGCCUUAAAAGACACAAACAAUUUCACACUGGAGAGAAGCCUUUCUCAUGCCUUCUGUGUGGUAAUAGUUUCAGGUGUAAAGGAUCCCUUAAAGUGCACAUGAGAAUUCACACUGGAGAGAAACCUUUCUCGUGCAAUCAGUGUGGAAAGUGUUUCACAGAGAAACAACAUCUUAAGAGACACACAGUAAUUCACACUGGAGUGAGCACUUUUACAUGUCCUCAGUGUGGAAAGAGUUUUACACAGAAACAAAGUCUUCAGAGACACAUAAGGAUUCACACUGGAGAAAAACCGUUCACAUGCCUUCAGUGUGGAAAGAGUUUCAAACAGAAAGCAAUUCUUGACAACCACAUGAAAAUUCAUACUGGAGAGAAACCUUUCACAUGCCAUCAGUGUGGAAAGUGUUUCACACAGAAAGGAAGUCUUGACAACCAUAUGAAAAUUCAUACUGGAGAGAAACCUUUCACAUGCCAUCAGUGUGAAAAGAGUUUUACUCUGAAACAAAAUCUUCAGAGACACAUAAAAUGUCACACUGCUGAUUAGCCUCUAAAAUUCCUUAAAUGUGGCAAUAGUUUCAAGAGUAAAGAACACCUUAACGUGCACCUGAGAAUUCACACUGUAGAGAAGCAUUUCUCAUGCCAUCAAUGUGGAAUAGGGUUGGGAACCGAGAAACGGUUCUUGUUCAGAACCUGUUCCAUUCUUUAAAAAAUACCAGAAUCAUAUGAUCUUUCAGUUCCAUUAACGGUUCUCCUGUGUGCAGGAGAUGCGGCUGGAACACCAUCCUGAAAUACUCUGACAGUGUUUCCAGCAGUGCAUCUCUGCAGCAGCACUGCCCUCUACUGACUCUACAGCGUAAAACACACAGCUCUACCAGUGUAUUUGAUUCCCGAUCUCAAGACGGCUCUUUUGAAUCUACAGCGUGAAACAUAUGUGCUUCCGGUAUUGUUAGAUUUCCAAAAGAAUUAUUCAAAGGAGCCGGUUCUCUUGAAUCUACAGCCCAAAACAUAUGGCGCUUCUGGUACAGUUAGAUUCCUGAAAGAAUCAUUCAAAGGAGCCGGUUCUCUUGAAUCUACAGCCCAAAACAUAUGGCGCUUCUGGUACAGUUAGAUUCCUGAAAGAAUCAUUCUAAUGAGCAGGUUCUUUUGAAUUUGUAGCGCAAAACAUACAGCGCUUCCAUUUAUAAUCCACCAUACAAGUAAUCUUAUACUGAUGUGCAAGUUAUGAAUGUCCACCUCAAAAUUAAAAUUGCAGUUACUGACUUGUUUAUAUGACCAUGUAUAAUUAAAAAUAAUGAGUUUUGUUGUAAUCAGUGGAAUUUUAUAAAAAAUAAUUAAUGAAAUAUGCCAUCACUUUUCUUGUUGGUUUAGAUAUAUUUAAAAUAGAGUAAGGAUCUAUUAUUAGAUUGUAUUUAUGUCUCAAAGUCUGUAAACACACCUUUUACAAGGAUUGUAUUACAUUUAUUUCUGAUUUGUUAAUGUUCUGCUCUGUAGAAAUCUGAAAUUAUCUCAUUAUUUGGUAACAGAUAGCAGAGGGUAGUAAAUACAAAAAUAAUUCCAUUUAUCAUUUCCAAAUAAUUCAUUUUAAAAAAGGUACUAAAAUAAUUACUGGAACCGGAAUCGUUAAAUUCCUUACAAUUCCCAUCCCUAAUGUGGAAAGAGUUGCAGUCGAUCAGACACCCUUAUACAACAUGAGAGAGUGCAUUUUGCAGAGAAGCUAUAACAGUGUCCUUCAUGUUUCCACCAUUCAUGGUCUUUAAAGGUGCACUCAGUAAGUUUUUAGCUGACUCUUAUUCGUUGCAAUAAUACCAGUGGUUGUGAAUUUUAUACUUAUUGUCAUGGAUGCACAAAAUGUAUUAACUGCUGCCUUAUUAACUUAAUUUUUGUCUUUUGUUUUUCUCCAUCUCAUACUACACGCAUCUGUAUAGUGAAUAUUCUCGGAUUAAAUCCAAACGAAAUUUCAUGCAUGGUUGCGCAUUGGACUGUGACUGGACUGCCACAUCUCACAAGCUCACUCGUGCUUGAUGUCGUGCUUUUUAUUGUGGCGUUAGAGCUGCAGGUUGGAACGGUUUGUUUCAUGACUCCAGCAGGGACCUCUUGUUUUGACAUUUUAUCUUUCCACUUGCACUUAAUCUAUAGUGAUGUCCAAUUUGUGGACGAAUCGUUCUUUUGAACCGGUUCUUUUUAGUGAACGUGUUGAACCAGUUCACCAAAUCGGACUGAAUCGUUUGAAACAUUUCGCGUCUCAAGUCGCCACUGAUCCACAAGUUACUCUAUCUUAACCUGUCUCUCGGACAUGCCUGACACUCCGACUCUAAAUGAGCCGAUAACUGGGAGUAAUAUGAUCCUAGAACUGGUGUCAUCUGCUUUUUCUAACUCGUCUUUGCAAUGAACCACUCCAACAAGGUCACAAAUCGGACUGAACGCUCCAGUCACAACAGUUCUUGAGACAGCAGUACAGUGAGUCGCUCAUAACAGUUCUCGAUUCAACGGUACACUGAACUGAGAAUCGCCUCUUUCGUAGGUGUUCAGCGUACUGAGAACUGAUGAGCUGUUGACCAUUGUGCAUGCGUGUGGUUAAGGGGAGAAAUUUAUGUUUCAGGUGUUUUUUGAAGUAUAAACAAAUAAAACAUACUGGAAAUAUGUUUAUAUCUUGAUUGUAUUACCGUUUUUUCAACGUAUGAAGAUGAUCCAGUCUACAGCUCUCGAGUCAACAGUACACUGAUCCGGGGAGAGCAGCUCUCAAAUCAACAGUACACUGAUCCAGGGACAGCAGCUCUCAAAUCAACAGUACACUGAUCCGGGGACAGCAGCUCUCUCGUCAGCAGUACAUCGAGUCGAUCACAGCAAUUCACGAGUCACCAGUACACUGAAUUGAGAAUCACCUCUUUCGGACAUAAUACUGAGAACUGCUGAUCAGUGAGCUGUCGAUGAGCAUGCAUGAACCAAGGACUUGAAUGAGGGGGCAAAACAUUGCAAUCAAGAGAUGUAAAGGAAGUUUACUACGGAGUAUUGUGCAUGCAGAUUAUAUUUUAAUUUGUUAUGAGGUGGAUCAUGGUUUCUGUAAGUUAAUUAAGACUAGUUUAAUCACUUUAUAUGCUUUAGACACGUACUGUAGAACAGCCGCGUUUGUAUAUCAGUUUCAGUAUUGGGUGCUUUAGGUGCAAAACUUUAAUGUAGGCUGUAUUGUAAAAUCACUGAAUGACACACUGACAAUAAACACCCUUAUUAUUAUAACUUUAUUAAAUAAAAUGUAAAAAUCAGCAAUAUGAGCUUACAUAUGGCUUUAUUGAAUGUGUUUGAGACCUCAGCCAAGACCUCAGAAAAAAAAUUGUGGACCUCCACAAGUCUGGUUCAUCCUUUAGAGCCAUUUCCAAAUGCCUGAAGGUACCACAUUCAUCUGUAAAAACAAUAGUAUGCAAGUAUAAACACUACAGGACCAUGCAGCCUUCAUACCGCUCAGGAAGGAGAUGCAUUCUAUCUCCUAGAGAUGAACGUAGUUUGGUGCGAAAAGUGCAAAUCAAUCGCAGAACAACAGCAAAGGACCUUGUGAAGAUGCUGGAGGAAACGGGUAGACAAGUAUCUACACUACCGCUCAAAAGUUUUGAAACACUUGUCUGAUGUUUCUCAUGAUCUUAAAAAUCUUUUGAUCUGAUGGCGUAUGCUUAAAUGUUUGAAAUUAGUUUUGUAGACAAAAAUAUAAUUGUGCCACCAUAUUAAUUUAUUUCAUUAUAAAACUAAAAUUUAAUUUAAAAAAAAUCAAAGUUUUUGAAAUGGAUGACUUGGACCAAAUAAUAAAGAAAAGCAACCAAUAAGUGCCCAACAUAGAUGGGAACUCAUUCAAUACUGUUUAAAAAGCAUCCCAGGGUGAUACCUCAAGAAGUUGGUUGAGAAAAUGUCAAGAGUACAUGUCUGCAAAUUCUAGGCAAAGGGUGACUACUUUGAAGAUGCUAAAAUAUAACACAGUUUUGAUUUAUUUUGGAUUUUGUUUAGUCACAACAUAAUUCCCAUAGUGCCAUUUAGGUUAUUCCAUAAUUUCGAUAACUUUACUAUUAUUCUAAAAUGUGAAGAAAAAAUAAUUAUAAUAAAGAAUGAGUACGUUUUGACCGGUAGUGCAAAACUUUUGACCGGUAGUGUAUAUCCACAGUAAAACGAGUCCUAUAUCGACAUAACCUGAAAGGCUGCUCAGCAAGGAAGAAGCCAAUGCUCCAAAACUGCCAUAAAAAAUGCAAGCGCACAUGGGGACAAAGAUCUUACUUUUUGUAGAAAUUUCCUCUGGUCUGAUGAAACAAAAUGGAACUUUUUGGCCAUAAUGACCAUCGUUAUGUUUGGAGGAAAAAGGGUGAAACUUCCAAGCCGAAGAACACCAUCCCAACUGUGAAGCAUGGGGGUGGCAGCAUCAUUUUGUGGGGGUGCUUUGCUGCAGAAGGGACUGGUGUACUUCACAAAAUAGAUGGCAUCAUGAGGAAGGAAAAUUAUGUGGAUAUAUUAAAGCAACAUCUCAAGACAUCAGCCAGGAAGUUAAAACUCGGUCGCAAAUGGGUCUUCCAAAUGGACAAUGACCCCAAGCAUACCUCUAAAGUUGUGGCAAAAUGGCUUAAGGACAACAAAGUCAAGGUACUGGAGCAGCCAUCACAAAGCCCUGACCUCAAUCUGAUACAAAAUUUGUGGGCAGAACUGAAAAAGCAUGUGCAAGCAAGGAGGCCUACAAACCUGACUCAGUUACGCCAGUUCUGUCUGGAGGAAUGGGCCAAAAUUCCAGCAACUUAUUGUGAGAAGUUAGUGGAAGGCUUCCCAAAACAUUUGACCCAAGUUAAACAAUUUAAAGGCAGUGCUACUGAAGGGGUGGAUGCCUGGAUAUAUAUAUCCUUUGAGUGAAUUAAAUUUAAACUGAUCCUUUUGAACUAAUGAUUUAUUAUUCUAAGUAUCUUAAUAUAUGUUCUUUGUGGUGUUAUGCUCAUACAAGCAGUUUGAGACCAUUCUUUAUCUGUCUUCAUGCUUUAGGAGACAGUGUGUCUUCUGACUAAGAGGCCUAGGUCACGUAGGCCGCUUCUCUAGUGUCUACAUUGAUUAUGAAUGUUUCUGCCAAGUUAACAAGAAUACAAUUUCAGCUCUCCUGAGAGAAAGUACAGUUAUCUCUAUGUUUUAAGUUCCAAUAAGAUAAGACCAGUCUCCAACAGAAACCUUGAAUAGGAGAAACUGUGUGUGUUUCUCCAAAAGUAUUUCUGUUUCAGGAAUUCACUAAAGUGAGAAUAGCAGUCGAGAGGUGGACAACUGGACCUCAGAGACCUACUAUUGUCUAUAAAGGGAAGACUGUCCGUGGCCUAUGUCCUGACUCGGACCAUUGGAUCCUAUAUACAGAACUAAAGUGUCAUGCCAACAAUCAGUGAGAUAAACAAUGGACACGAUGACCAUGUCCAGAAUUGUUCUAUAGUUAUCAAUGCUUGUAACCAAUCAGAAUUCUAGAAGCUAUAGCAUUAACGUCAACUUGAUGCUGUAUCUGACUAUAAGUAUUGAUGUUUUUGGACCUGGAUUCUCCUGUCUUCGAACUCAGAGGCUUUUGUACUGCUGACUUCUGCCAUUUGAUUUUGCAAACAACUGUCUUCAGUAAAACUAAUUUGAUUGACACAUCGACUUCAAUAAAAUGGAUUAGUGAUCAUAACUGACCUAAAACGGACUGUUUUCUACGAUUAAAUGUUAGGAAUUGUGAAAAACUGAGUUCAAAUGUAUUUGGCUAAGGUGUAUGUAAACUUCUGACUUCAACUGUAUAUGUUUACAAUCUUAUGAUUACAUAUAUAUACAUAUAUUUUAGAGAUGUGCCCGAAGCCGAAUACCCUAUCCGGAAAGGCAUGAAUAAUGACUUCAAAACAAAUAAUGGAUUCAUCCGAAUAAUAUAAAAAAUAUUUGUAUGACUGAUUAUCGAAGAAGCACAAGGAUAAAGUGACAUUUUUUAAAUAAACAUAUCCAAAAUUACAAUUACUUUAUGAAUCUGUGCAGCCAAUAUUUCUAAAGUGUAAACCUUAUGAAUGAAAAUGCACACGUUGUUAUUUCAGAUUGGAUGGGCGCGGUCUCGACUCCGUUUGUGAUCUCUGUUAAUUGUGCAUCUCUGGAGCUUAUCAAGUGUAACAUUAUCUAAGAUAUGACAUCAUUUACACUUUCCAUUUCUUGAAAUGUCUGUUAAUGUAUCACACGAUUCACACGUGAUUCCCAUGUAUUUAUUUAUAGCCUAAACCUGAGUGCAAUGUUAAAUUCCUGACCUGAAGUGAUGAUUUCACGUCGGAGCUCGUCUAUCUGUCUAUCAGUUAAUCACAUUUAUAUCCACAUCAGAGAUUAAGGUUAUUAAUUGGUUAAGACUUUAUUCCGAAAUAAGUUAAAAUGCUUUAUAAAGGUUUAAAUGCUUCAUAGAGUAUUCAUCUAUUCGGAAUAUUCCUACUUAUGUAAAACGAAGAAACUGAAACAUGCUCCGUCUUUUUUUUUUUCUUCUUCAUCUUUAAACUGUGCUACAUUUCAGAACGUUAAGUGUUCUUCUUAUUAUUGUAAGUAUUGUAUGUAAAUGAUUAAUAGUGUCCUAUCGUAACAAUUCCUAACAGACUUAUGGGACUUUCAUCUAUUUGUAGGCUAUAUUGAUUUAUUUUCAUUUCUUUUCAUGUUUGAAUUUUUAUUUAUUAUUCACUGUAAAAUAUGUGAUUGAUAUUUCACAUUUUGCUUGACACCUCAAGAAUAAUGUUGCUUUACAUGCACAGACAAACGAAAAUUCAAGUUUCAUGCAGAUAUUAAUAUCUGAAAUACCAGGCGAAACCAAAGCUAACAACAUAUUCCACAGUUAAUGUAGCCUACAUGUAAUGUAGCAGUGUAAUUUCAGAAGACAUUAGUUAAUCCACUGGAGUUGUAUGGAUUACUUUUACGAUGGCUAUAUGUGCUUUUUGGAGCUUCAAAUUUGGCACCCAUUCACUUGCAUUUUAUGGACCUAUAGAGCUUAAAUAUUCUUCCAAAAAUCUUUGUUUGUGUUCAGCUGAAGAAAGACAGACAUACACAUCUGGGAUGGUGUCACGUUUAUUUUUGUUUUUGUUCAUUUCAUUCAUUUGUUCAUUUCAUUUUUCAUUCAUGUUCUUCAUUUAGUCAUGUCUUUUAUUUUAACAUUUGUUUACUUCCUGGUCUGGUCACAUGUCUUGUCAUGCGAUUUCCUGUUCCCCUCAUGUGAUCCCUCUUGUUCAUGUGUUUAUUGGUUUGGUUCAUUGCCUUGUUAUCCGUUCUGUUUUAUCAUUUGUUCAUGUGUUUAUUGUCUUGUUAUCAGUUUUCUAUUUUUAUUAGUUGUCAUCUAGUCUCUGUAAGCCCUCAUGUUAGCCAAUGUUUCUUGUCGAGUAUUGUGGAUGUAAUGUCGUUGUUCUUAGUAAUGUUAUUAGGUUUGGUUCUUGUUAUCUUGUUUUCAUAGUCAUAGACUCAGUCAUGGUCAAGUCUGGUUUAGUUGUAGUCAUGGUUCAUGUUUCUUGAUUUAAUUUCUAGUUUUCUUAUGAUACUUUCACAUUUUGGAUUUAUCGUUUUGCACAUUUGAUUUAAUAAACUGCACUUGGGUUCUCACACUUCAGCUACUUCAUCUUCAUCUGUUCCUGUCUUCAGCCUGCAACGUUACAGAAUACUCGACCAAUCAUCAUGAACCCAGCAGUUCGCCUCAUCCAUUUACACCAGGGGAAUGGUCCCCUCGAGGACUAUGUUGCUGAGUUUUGUGAUCUCAGUUGUUAGGUGGACUUUAAUGAGAUCGCCCUCAAGGACAUUUUUCAGGCAGGCUUGAAUGAGCCCGUCUACUCCAUGAUGAAUGGUGGUCAGAUAACUUUAAAUCUGGAUCAAUACAUUGAUUUUGCCUUGCAACUUAGCGGUUCAUCUUUCACUGUAGGAGUGGCUGAUGAGGAACUUUGCACUCCUACAGUGGCCACCAUGUCAGAGCCGUCCACCAUCAUGGCCACAAAGGGUCACGAGCCAGCACCAUGCCUGCCACGGACCACAAGCCAGCGCCCACACCUGCCAUGGACCACGAGCCAGCACUCAUGCCUGCCACAGACUACAAGCCAGCGCCCACACCUAUCAUGCCAAGCCAUGUUGUCACGCCUGCCAUGCCAAGCCAUGUUGUCACGCCUGCCAUGCCAAGCCAUGUUAUCUCACCAUGUCAAGCUGCCACGUCUGACCCACCAUGCCAAGUUGCCACGUCUGACCUGCCAUGCCAAGCUGCCAUGUGUGACCCACUAUGCCAGACCACCUUAACCCCUGGGUCUCCACCUACAUUGGCUCCGCCCCCUGGGUCUCCAGCUGCUCUGCCCUCUGAGAGUCCAGCAUGCCUUCCCUCUGUGUGUCCAGCAUGCAACGCUGCCUCGCCAUGCCACACUAUCUCGUUAGGCCCUACUCCACAGCCCACGUCUGUCUUGUCUGACCCUGCUCCACUGCCAAUGUCUGUCUCGCCAGGCCACGCUCCACGCCCUGUCUUGCCAGACCAUGCUCUACGCCCGCCGGAUCCACUGUGGUUUCCUGCUGCAUCGCCUGGACUGCCCUUGUCUCCGGGCCAUCCACCUGCUCCGCCCUUGUCUCCAGCGCCAUCUGGUCCCCUGUGGUCUCCAGAGCCAUCUGGCCCCCGUGGUCUCCAGCGCUGUCUGACCCCCAUGAUCUUCAGCCCCAUCUGGUCCCCCAUGGUCAAGGUCUGGCAUUGCCCCAAGAACCCCGCCCCUCCAACUCCCUGUUGAACUCUUGUUUGUUUUAUGUUGAUUGUUGUGCAUUGGGAGCCACCCGUUGAGGUGGGGAUAUGUCAAGUUUAUGUUUGUUUUUGUUCUUUUCAUUCAUUUGAUCAUUUCAUUUUUCAUUCAUGUUCUUCAGUUAGUCAUGUCUUUUAUUUUGACAUUUGUUUACUUCCUGGUCUGGUCAUGUGUCUUGUCAUGCAAUUUCCUAUUCCCCUCGUGAUCCCGCUUGUUCAUGUGUAUAUUGGUUUGGUUCGGUUCAUUGUCUUGUUAUCAGGUCUGUUUUAUCAUUGGUUCAUGUGUUUAUUGUCUUGUUAUCAGUUUUCUAUUUUCAUUGGUUGUCUUGUUAACUUGUUUACCUAGUCUCUGUAUUUAAGCCCUCAUGUUAGCCAUUGUUUCUUGUCGAGUAUUGUGGAUGUAACAUCAUUCUCUUUUCAUAGUCAUAGGUUCAGUCAUGGUCAAGUCAAGUCCAGUCCAGUUUAGUUGUAGUCAAGGUUCAUGUUUCUUGUUUUGAUUUCUAAUUUUCUUUUGAUACUUUCACUUUUUGGAUUUAUUGUUUCACACAUUUGAUUUAAUAAACUUCACUUGGGUUCUCACA